UAAUGGAAGAUAAAAGUCAAAACGAGAUAUUAACAAUAAAAGAUCCAACAAAAAUAACAAAGUCUGGCGACGUCGAACCAUUAAAGUUGAAAGUAUAUAAAAAAAGGUGGCUAAUGCUCGUCAUCUAUAUGAUUUAUAAUGGAACGAAUUCUUCUCAAUGGAUAGAAUACUCGAUUAUAAACAACGUAGUUACUAGAUAUUAUGGAGUGUCUUCGAUAAUGGUUGACUGGACCUCGAUGUUAUUUUUGGCAAUUUACGCGGUGUUCAUCUUUCCAGCGUCAUACGUGACAGAUAAGUGUGGUCUGCGAUGGACCAUCAUUAUAGGCACCAGUCUUAACUGUCUUGGUUCCUGGAUAAAAAUAUUGUCCGUUCAACCUGAUAGGUUCUACGUUGUUUUCAUUGGUCAUUCGAUAGUCGCACUCGCGCAGACUUUGGUGCUGCCGUUACCUGGACGUUUGGCCGCGCAAUGGUUUCCUUCAACCCAACUCUCAACUGCCACAUCUUUAGGUAUUUUUGGCAAUCAAGUGGGAAUAGCAUUGGGUUUUCUUUUAGGGCCCGUAAUAGUAAAAAAUCACAACAAUCUGGAUGACAUCGGCAAAGAUUUGUCACGUUUAUGCUGGAUAGUCGCAAUCGUCGGCACAAUUGUACUUGUUCUUGUGCUUACAUUAUUUCAGAACGAACCCGAACUACCACCGAGUGAGACGCGAGCACUGCAAAAAAUGAAUCGGAAGGAGAAGAAAGAGGAAUUCGUGGAGCCGAUUAAAAGACUUUGCAGAAAUAAAAACUACAUCAUGCUUUGUAAUUCCUAUGGUUUGAAUAUCGGUGUGUUAAAUGCUGUGUCUACAUUGCUGAAUCAGAUAUUCCUUGCACAUUUUGAGAAUGGAGAAGAAGAUGCAGGCAGAAUUGGCUUAGCCUUAACUCUCACCGGUAUGGCUGGUUCUGUUAGUUUUGGUAUUAUCCUUGAUAAAACGCAUAAAUUCAAACAAACUGCCGUGACAGUAUAUUUUCUUACACUUUGUGGCCAAAUAUUAUUUGCGGUGUUUACUUGCAUGGGUAUAAAAUGGAUGGUAUACGUGUCGGCGACUUUCUUAGGAUACUUUAUGUCAGGAUAUGUAGCUAUGGGAUAUGAUUUAUGCACCGAAUAUACGUAUCCAGAGUCGGAAAAUAUACCUGCGGGAUUUCUUUACGUAACAUCCAACAUUUAUGGCAUUAUACUCAUUAUAUCGUUAGAAUUAUUAAUGAACACGUAUGGCGACAUUCCGGUGCACAUCGGAUUAUGCUUGGCUUUGUUAUUCGGUUUCAUUUUGACCGCUAUAACAAAAGACGAGCAGAGACGACAAGAUGCGAGGAAAAAGGUUCAAUACGAAGAAAUCGCGAGAAUUGAAAAGAACGAUGGCGUUCCAGAAACGAAUAAAUUUAUUUAUAACAUUACUUAAUUGUCACAAAUAAUUUUAUUAAAUCUUUCAAUACUAAUCAAUUUUGAAAUCAUUAUGAUCUUAUUCAUGUGCUAAUUUUUAUCGAUGUUUCACCUUCUUAUAUCAUUAACGAAAUAAUCAAGAAAAUCUUGCGUAACAUUGAAA